GCCGCUUGCCACGUGGGCUUCUUUGUUGUCGUGAAGCUUGAUUGGUCAUCGUGCCACGUGUUUGCGUUUGAGGUUGUCUGAUGACGUGGCUGGUGACGGAGGCGAGAGAGAUUGCGGCUUGGCGCGCUACGAAGACAGCUGGAAGCGGGCCACGUCACCAUCUUCGUUCCUAUCUAUUUUGUCAUCAAUCGGCUGAUUGGUCAUUGGGAGAGAGACGGCGGUCUUAACGGAGGAGGGCGAGACGACGACGAAACGGCGGGUGAUUCUAGAGACAAAUGUAUGGUUCAUUGAUUGGCUGAUUGCUGACCAGAUGCAGCGUACUACGUUGAUGGAUGAAACAUUCUCGUCAUCACGCAUCUCGUCGUCUUAGACUGUAUACGUGUCGUCUCUUAGUGCCUCCACGUCGAAGUGACGCCACGUCGAAGUGACGGACGUAAUCAUCACCCUCUUCAUCUGUGAUUCGACAGUCGUAAACGACCAAUCAAGCAAUGACCGAUCAGGCAACAAGCUGUACUCGUGUCAUCAUCCCUUGAUGACUCCACGUCGGAUCGACUGACGUUAUCAUCACCCUUUUCAUCCGUGAUUUGAUCGUCGCAACGACCAGUCGAGCAACAACCAAUCAAGCAACGACCAAUCGAGCAACGACCAAUCAAGCAACGAUCAAUCAAGAUAUACGACCGAUCAAUCGAGAGCAACGACCAAGCAAGGUACGGCCGAUCGAAAAAAAAAAGGCAGCAAUGGUGGCUGUGCAAGUCAUCGGAGCAACUGCCACGUGGCCACCGUUGCAGCAGCCCCCACAUCAUCAUCAUCAACAAUCUCGUCAGCAGUCCAGCUGGAGAUCUGACGAUGUCUCCCUGCUAAUGAGAAGGGUCGGGGUCGGGGUCGGGGGUCGGGGUCGGGGUGGAGACUGUUGCGGGCACUGCAGGGGAGUAGGCUGUGAUUUGUCGUUUAGCAAAUCGGCGACCGGAUGGGGCAGAAGGGGGGGGGAUGGUGGUGGUGCUGACCUGUCGCAGUCCUUGUCCUUGUCCCCUCCGACGACGGCGACACGUGGCAGCAAUCAACUGCCCGAUUCCUCUGCGUUGGUGCGAGUCUUCUCGCCGCCACGUGGCAAGCAAGCAACGGGUCAUCCUCCUCCUCCUAAUAAUAAUAAUGAUAAUAAUAAUAAUAACUACCCUAAUCAUCGCCAUGAUGGGGUUCGAUACGUUAAACCCUCGAGGAUGACGAGCGGAUGGACACACGACGCUGAGCUGGAUGCGAUCCCGCUCCCGACGACGAGAUCGACGAAGACAACGAAGAGCUGCAGCUAUGGCGGCAGCACCUCCGGUCACAGUAUGCUGAUGCUAGAGGGGUGGCGAUGGGGGGGGGAGAGCAGCGCGAGGGUGGAAGGAGGGUGGUUGGUAGAGGGGGGGGUACGGCGGGAGGGGAACAAGGUGGAGGAGAGAAGAGGGGAGGGGCGGGGGGUGUGUCAAUGCCACCACCGAGAUGUGACGGCGACGUGUGGACCGUCCAUGACACCGCCGCCGCCAAAGUCUACGAGACUUAGGGGGGGUGGGUUCGUAAGCAGUUGGGGGAGACGAAAGGAGGAGGAGGAGGAGAAGGAGGAGGAGGAGAGGGAGGAGGAGGAAGGAUGGGUGAUGACGAGGAUGACCACGAGGUACAACACCAUCAAGAAGAAGGAAGGAAGAUUCGCGAGAAUCAUCGCCGCCGCCAUAGCCGAGUCGGGAUCGAGUGGAGUAUCAUCGCUCGGGGGGGGGGUGAGCGCAAGGGAGAGAGUGGAGAGGCGAAGAAGGGGGAUGAUGACCUGGCAAUCAAUCAAUCCAAGGCUUUGGUCAAGUGUGGGCGUCAACGAAAAUCCACUCGGCGUGCGGGUCAUGCAGGUGGGCGCAAGUAGGACGAGCGUCAUGAAGAGUACCUUAAGAAGGUGUAGGGGUGAAGACGGAGCUAAUUUGCUGAUGAGGCGGGGGGCGAGAUGGAUGUUGGGAUCUGAAAAGGAGGAGGAGCGAGAGGGAGGAGGGGAAGGACAGGGAGUAAGGAGCCUGGGCAGGAGGGAGGAAGAGGCGGGAAAGAAGAGAGGCGAGAAUGGGAGAAUAUCAGAGACCGAGGAGGAGGAAGAAGCGGAAGAAGUAGAGGCGAGAGAUCGAGACGAAUCCAGUGCUACGGUUACUCUUCCUCCCUCUCUUCCUCCCUCUCCUCCCUCUCCUUCCUCUCCUCCCUCUCCUACUUCUUCUUCUUCUUCUUCUUCUUCUUCUUUGUCUAAGUCAUCCCAGACUUCCUUGGCCUUAGGAGGGACUGCCAUCGGUUUGGGAAUUGUGGUUGGGGCUGUAGCACUGGUGGCGGGUAUUGGAACCGUGUUUAGGGCCCAAAUUAAUUCUUUUUUAAUGACUUUUUCGUCGGUUUUAGACGGUCUAGGUUUCUUUGGGUACAUCUUGUUCGUCUUUGUGUAUGCGGCUCUGGAAGUGCUGGCGAUUCCAGCCAUUCCCCUGACCAUGACAGCUGGCCUUCUCUUUGGUGUCGUCUUGGGCACUGUCCUUGUCUCCAUAGCCAGCACCUUAGCUGCCACCAUCGCCUUCUUGAUUGCUAGAUACGUUGCACGUGACAAGAUUAUUCAGCUCACCUCCAAGUAUCCGAAAUUUGCCGCCAUCGAUAAAGCUAUAGGGAGAGAUAGCUUUCGGGUUGUAGCGUUGCUCAGGCUAAGUCCUUUGAUGCCAUUCUCGCUGGGCAAUUACUUCUACGGGCUCACGUCCAUCAGAUUGCUGCCGUACAUCGCUGCCAGCUGGAUAGGCAUGCUGCCGGGAACGUGGACAUAUAUUUGCGCGGGAAGCGUGGGGAGAAGUAUCAUUUCACAGCCGCAGCAGGUAGGAGAGGGGGGGCCCUCGGUGUUGUCGGGACUGGCGGGAGGAGGGGAGAUCUGGGCGUUGGCGCUGGGGGUGUUUGUGACCUUGGUUGCGACUGCGUACAUCACCGGGAUCGCCAAGGACGCGAUAGAGGACGUAGAGUCAUGACGGUGGCGGGAACAGGAGAGAGAGAGAGAGAGAGAGAGAGAGAGAGAGAGAGAGAGAGAGAGAGAGAGAGAGAGAGAGAGGUAUAGAGCGCGUGUCACUUUCUCUACCCCGACCUUCCAGCCAUGCGCGCGGAGAGAUAGCGAGAGGCUACUUCGAUUCAUAGGNGAGAGAGAGAGAGAGAGAGAGAGAGAGAGAGAGAGAGAGAGAGAGAGAGAGAGAGAGAGAGAGAGAUGGUGGAGCAGCGGGAAGGACAAGAGGAAGGCAACUCGCUGAUGAUGUUGAAACCAUGACAUUGGAGGGGGGGGGGGAGAGAGAGAGAGAGAGACAGAGAGAGAUUUUAUUUACAGUUUCACCGCCACCGUUGUACAGUUGAUAUUCCGUGUUUGCAUGGUAAUCGAGGCAGCAAAGGGGUUGAAGGGUCGCAAGGAGAGAAGGGGGGUGUCUAUGGAGGGGAGGGAGUCAAGAGUGCAGCGCAUCGAUGGGAGGAAGGGUUCUCUAUGUAGGGGUGUGAGUUGAAGCGGCAAGGAUGAUAGGUGUGGGCACAUGUGUGCCUGCCUCCCUUUGGUGCAUACGAUUGUGUGCAGUGUGUGCAUUGAACUUGGGCACCUUUACAAUGUCUUUGGAUGAUGAACUGCGUCGGAUUUUCUACUUUCUAGUUCAGUAUCUAUUUAUCGACGAUAUAUGCUCACGUGCACGUGAACGGACUUUUUGCUGCGAGUGUAAGAUUCGACAGAUUGAGGUGCCAACAACACUUAAUCCCUAGAGUUCAGAUGGCCCCGAUGGAUUUUCGACGGAUUUUAUCCGAUCUUGUUGAUGUGAAAUGGAGGAAUGUUGUAAAGCGUCGGAUUCGACGAUCAGACGGUAAUGUGUAGCGCGUGAGAAUUAUGAUGAGAUAGAUGGCGUCGACCGCUUUGACGGACCCGAAGGAUUGUUCGGCAAGGUUUUGUGUGUGUCGAGCAACACAAAAGGGGUCCAAAAGGGGUCCAAAAGGGGUCAGGCGCUACAGAAGACUACCGCCGUUUCAAGGGAUGCGUUGUGAAAAUCUGCGGCGACAAGCAGAAGACUGAAGAGGAAUCUGAGGUGAAGGGCUUAAGCGGUUCAAGAGGGGUCCAAAAGGGGUCAGGCACUCUUAUUCUGUGCAUGAUUUUAGGCUUUUGAGAGAAAGAGAAAGGUGAACUCUCUAGUACUGUGAGAAAAGCCAUGAUCAGAUCUCAAGAGGAGGGCGGGGGGGGGGGGGGGGGGGUUGAGUGGGCACGUCGCUCUGGCGGGUGUUCGAAGAUUGGGCUGCUGAAAGACUUAGAAAAUAUAUAUGUGGUGAGUACAAGAGGAAUCUUAGGUGUCUUGAAAAUUUACCUGUUGAAUGGUUGGAGCAUAUGUGUGUGUGUGUGUGUGUGUGUGUGAGAGAGAGAGAGAGAGAGAGAGAGAGAGAGAGAGAGAGAGAGAGAGAGAGAGUACAAGGGGAGAGUGUUAUGUGACACUAUCUCUGGGAAGAAGGUGUUGUAAAAAAACCAUGGUUAACUAGUAGAAGAGGAGAUUGUUCUGCUGCACUAUCUCCCGGAGAUGGUAUCUCAACAACCAUGGUUGAUGAUGAGUACAUUGCUAGAAGCCGCUAAGGGACCGUAUGGUUAACCAAAAACAUAGUUAACCAACAUAGCUUUCAUCCAGGGUUAACCAACACAGUUAACAUUUAACCUU